GCCGCUAUCACCGACACGACUUAAGAGAAAAGGCGACUGUCCACAAUGUUGACAGCAGAGUAGUGUCAACAUUUCUUUGUUCGCUUCACACACCAGACGCUGAGAACCCAAUGAAUGGAGUUACUUUUUGCCUUGUUGGAAUUCCACCUCACUCAGACACUGAAGCUAAAGGACGGAGAGAUGGCAUGGUGUCGUCCAAUGAGAACAGGCGCCGGCCAUUGUCGUCGGGUGAGGUGGAGGGCGUGUCAUGGCAGGGCCUACGGACCAUUUUUGUCCCGAAGAACUCACAGGGAUUUGGCUUCACUCUGCGCCACUUCAUCGUCUACCCACCAGAGUCCCCCCUCCACAGCCUCAAGGAUGAAGAGAACGGAAAUGCAAUUGGAAAAGCAGGUUGUCCGCGCUCUCGUUUGGAGCCAAUGGACACCAUCUUUGUGAAGAGUGUCAAAGACAAUGGCCCCGCACAACAAGCUGGACUGUGUACAGGGGACAGGCUGGUGAAGGUGAAUGGGGAGAGCAUUCUGGGGAGAACCUACUCUCAGGUGAUCACACUCAUCCAAAACAGUGAAAACAUUCUGGAGCUCUCUAUCAUGCCCAAAGACGAGGAUGUGUUGCAGUUGGUAAGUGCGUACUCCCAGGAUGCUUACCUGAAAGGCAAUGAGCCAUAUUCAGGUGAGGCUCAGAACCUCCCUGUGCCGCCACCUCUCUGUUACCCUUCCACUAUGCCCAGCUCCACUGCCCCGCAGCCUGGCCACAGCCUGCAAAGUCCCUUAGACAACUGGCAGUGCCGCCCCGGCCCCGCCGCAUCUCCACUGGACAACCGCCCCCCUGCUGCUUCUACCCCCACCUCCGGCUGGCCCGGGGGUCCUGAAGAUUCCAGUGGCCACUUUGCUCCGUCUGGGCGGCACCGAGGCCGCUCCUCUUCGGCCAUCAGUGCGCUUGACUUUCACUUUGCUAACCAUAAUGCUGCCAUCGCCUCUGCUACUCUGCCUGCGCCACGGAAAAGCAGACUGCCGGCCUCUGCCCGCUCUCACGCCGAUUCUCUGUGCCACCAGGCUCUGUCGGACUGGUACUACAGCCAGGCUGAGGCUGCGGAGAACAUGUCCCCCCGCCACCGCAGUAUAUCUCAAGACUGUUUAGCGGAGCUGGGGCUUGGGUUGGCCCUCGGCCCUGGACCGUCAUCUGCUGCCACAACCUCUGCGGAGCAGCGCAGAAGAGAAACCCUCCUUUGCCACCACCAGGCAGCUGCUGCUUCCCAUGAUUCCUACUGGCUCGGGGGCUUCGGGGGUGUAUCAGGACCAGGAAGCAGGUCAUGCUCAGAGAGCCUCCUAGCAGCAUAUGCCGAGUACGAGCAUAACUAUGGGCGCUCUGUGGAAACACUGGCACAAGCCUCUGCACUGGUAUCACCAAGCAAUGAACUCUCUGCACACGGCUCCCAAAUGGCAAAAUUCAGAGAGCAGAAAGAGCAAAAAGUCUCAGCAGGGCAACAACACAAAUCCCCAGUGAUAUCCCCCAUCACAGCCUCCUCCACAGUGCCUCCCAAUGACAGGCAGUCUGGUCAUCAGGUAGCUGAACCCCAAACAAGGCGCGUUAAAGAGGAAGAGCUGGUAGGCUACAAAAGCUACAGCCCUUCUUUCUCCUGCAAAGCUGGCCAUCUCCUCCAGCAGGCCCACUCCUUCAGAGAGCCAAGUUACAGCGGCCCCCACCUCAACUGGAGCCCUGCAGACUGUGAGGUGGGGAUGGUACCCAGGCCCCAGUCUACCCCCGCCCUGUCUGCAUCACAGGAGGAGAGAACCCUGGGGGAGAACAGUGAGCUCAUCUCCCCCAUCUCCCUGAACCAAGAGGUUGUGUUGAGGCAGAAGCCGCCCUCUGGCCGCCGAACCCCUGUCCAGGCCGCCCGACACCCCCACUACGCCACACCUGCGGAUUCACCCGAGCCCCCUGGUUUGGAACCUCCACGAGGGACCCCCUCUCCUGUCUCUGGGGGGCCCGGCCCCAACCGCAGAGCGAAUGGUAGCCUGGCACAGCAUGCAUACAACUCCCUGUCUUCUAUUCCCUUCAUAGAUGACCCCAGCAGUCCUAGUAUUGACCUACAGGCCUGCUAUGUACCAGCCUGCUCUGUUGUGUCCAGUUCCACUAUGGCCACCCUCUCUGUCUCCCCCACCCUCUCCUCCAUCUCCCCCUUUGUCCGACUUCGUUCUCAGGACUUCAGAAGUAUUAAAAGUCGCCGCUCCUCUUACCUGCUGGCCAUCACCACCGAGAGAUCCAAGUCCUGUGACGAGGGUCUCAACACCUUCAGGGAAGAAGGCCGUGUCUUCUCUAAACUACCAAAAAGGGUCAAGAGCUUUUUCACUGAUGGGUCUCUGGAGAGCCUGCGAGCCCAGGAGGAGGCCCGGUCCAAACGCCACUCCACCUCUGAACUGGGAACCAUCACAUUUAGUGAUGUUCGCACAGAGGGCUGGCUGCACUACAAACAGAUCCUCACAGAGAAGGGAAAGAAAGUAGGUGGGGGCAUGCGACCAUGGAAGCGCGUCUUCUCCGUGCUGCGCUCCCAUUCGCUCUUCCUCUACAAGGAUAAGCGAGAGGCCGUCCUGCAUGGGGCGGGGGCAGGGCCCGGCCAGGACGAACAUCCUCCAAUCAGCAUCCGCGGCUGCCUGAUCGACAUCGCCUACAGUGAAACCAAGCGAAAGAACACCCUGAGGCUGACCACGCAGGACUUCUGCGAGUACCUGCUGCAGGCCGAGGACAGGGACGACAUGUUGGCCUGGAUCAGGGUCAUCAGGGAGAACAGCAAGACGGACAACGAGGAGAUCGGUUUCUCAAGACAAGCGCUCAUCAACAAGAAGCUGAAUGACUACAGAAAACACAGUUUGACAGGUAGUAAGCCUGACUCCUCUCCCAGAGCCCAUCGUAUGAUGCCUCCCUUCCUCCUGGCUAAGACUGACAACAGCUCAGUGAACCGAGCCUCCAGAACUGAUGACAACAAGGCGCUGUGGGGCAUCAACAUCAUGAAGAAGGCCAAGAAGACAUGCAGUCCGAAGGCUUUUGGUGUGCGACUGGAGGACUGUCAGCCUGCUGUCAACAAUAAAUUUGUCCCUCUUAUUGUGGAGAUGUGCUGUGCUGUGGUGGAGGAGACGGGUUUGGAUUACACCGGUAUCUACCGGGUGCCGGGGAACAAUGCCAUGGUGUCCAACCUGCAGGAGCAUCUCAACAAGGGCAUGGACAUCAACACUGCUGAGGAGAGAUGGCAAGACCUGAACGUAAUCAGCAGCCUGCUCAAAUCGUUCUUACGAAAACUGCCUGAGCCGCUUUUUACUGAUGACAAAUACAACGACUUCAUUGAUGCCAACCGUAUAGAAGGCGCAGAGGACAGACUGAAGACCAUGAAGAAACUAAUCCGUGACCUCCCAGAUUAUUAUUAUCACACCCUUAAAUUCCUGGUGGGCCACCUCAAGAAGGUGGCAGAUCACUCUGACAAGAACAAGAUGGAGCCGAGAAACCUGGCUCUGGUGUUUGGUCCUACUCUGGUGAGGACGUCGGAGGACAAUAUGACCGACAUGGUCAUCCACAUGCCUGACCGCUACAAAAUAGUGGAGACACUAAUCCUACAUCAUGACUGGUUCUUCACUAAUGGAGAGCUUGAUGAAGAAGAGAAGGCCCCAGAGGACAAGCGGGACAUGCAACCUGUGCCCAACAUUGAUCAUCUGCUGUCCAACAUCGGCAGGCAGGGCAUGCCAGGAGAGGCCUCAGAUUCCACCACCAGCGAUUCACUUAAGUCAAAGCUUUCUUCGCUCUCCAAGAAAGACCUGAAUGCCAUGGACUUCCUGCCCAAGUCCAUCAUCACUGCUGUGACCCGCAAACGUAAAAAAAGCCUCGGUACCCACCAGCAGGGCGGCAUUGCUGACGAGGACUCCGAGCAUGAGCCAGUCAAAACCAGCAACUACGGGGGAGGGGAGGGGGGGGGAGGGGAGGAUGAAGAGGAGAGAAGAGAGGAAGAGGCAGUCAAAGGAGAACAUGCCAUCCCUAAAAAAGAAAAAAGGGUUGAAGAGGAAAGAGUGGUGAAAGCUAUAGAGACUACUGAGGGAAAAGAUUCAUUGGCUGGAGAGGAAGAGUCUAAAAAAGAUGUUGGGAACAGAACAGGUAAAGGUUCAAAACAUUUUGAAAAGGAGAGCAGGCGGAGAUCAACCUUGCCGGGAAAUGCACAGCAACUUCGUCCAAACAGUUUUGUCUGCUCACAUCACCAGACCACAUACCCAAAACCCCCAACAGAGUCUAAUCCUCCUUCCCAUUUGAGGCAUCACAAUCUGGCCCGAGGACACCCCACAGUACCUUUCUGGAUCUGCCCCACCAGGCUUCCCAACCUCUACCAGGGUUCCAGCUUUUACGGGUCCCAGCAGCCAGACUGGAACCAGUCAGCGCCAGUCCGCUACAGGAAGACAAGAGGUGGGAGGACAAGGGCUAUUUCCAUGAAUCUGGACCUGGAGCUGGGCAGGAGUGAAGACAGAGUCAGAGGAUGGAGAGCAGAGAGGGUGGAUGUGAUCCGAGUCAUUGAGGGAACACCAGGUCCGCAUGGAUGUGUUGGGGUUCCUCAGGGAUUAAUUGUAGGUCCUGGGUCAAUUCAGCAAAUAGAUCCCCUCCCUCUUCUUGCCCAGGAGCCUCCCCCUCUCUCCUCCUCUUCGGGUUCUCACACUGUGGUCCUUAGGAGAUCGGCCCUGGACCCACGAGACAAGGCGAGAGCGUGGCGUCGUCACACAGUGGUAGUUUAACUUGACUGUUUCAUCUACUAAUGCAGUACCAAGUACUGCCCUUUACUCACAACACUGGACCACCUGUGUCACUGCGUCUAAAGCGUCCGUCAUGUUGCUUAAGGGAUCUUUGACAUUGUGUGCAGCUGUAGAGUUUCAUUCCAAAAUGAGAUAACCUCCAUUUGAAAAAUGUGAGACUGACUCUGAAAUUAACAUACACAUUGAAGUACGUUUGAAGCUCCAUCUUUAAUCCUUUACUUACAAAAUAACUUUAUGUAACUAUCCAUGUCGUUAUAUAUUUUGAAAAGAAUAUUAGGGCUGAAAACAGUAAAUGGAAAUACUGGUAUUUACUCAACAAAAAUCUGAUCACAUUUCUCAGGGAAAGUAUCUGUGGGAUCUACUCGUCUGUCGUAGAGAGUCCGACCUUAAACCGCCGUUGUUGAGUCAGUAAGUGAACUACUGUAGCUGGCAAGCUAACAGGCUAGCACGCAAACAAGCCGAAGUGAUGCUAGUGUUAGUGAGUCACAAUACAUCUCUGAGCUAGGUAGCUUGCUAAUUGACAGUUAGCUUGGUCGCUAACAGGACAACAAGUUCAUACAGUAUGUGGAGAGUUUUACUCUUUACUCCGGCAGAAGAGGUUCAUUUAAAGUGCAACACAGCUAAUAAACUACAGCAGCUUCCACUGUUCGACACUUAACAGAUCCAAAUCUCCGGGGUCAGCACUGUUAAGACCAUUUGCUAUUGGUCAGUAUUGCAAAUCCAAAGAUUUGACAAUUCCUUUGACAUUGAUUGAUUUUGCAUCUAAAUAUUGCAGUUUUAAAUGCUGGUCUGACGGGGCCUUUACAGCAAUAUAACAGGAUACCCUUCUCACCUAGAGUGGGUUCAUUCAAUAAUUUUCAUGCUAAUAUGACAAUUAACUGUGUGUAUACAGCUGUGUGGCAAAAUAUCUCUUUAGAUUAAGUGAACGAAGCAGAGUACAAAAUCUGUGAUUGAAAACAUUCCCAUAAUCCGACAUCAAUAUGAAAAGUAUGUUCAAUUGCAGAGAAGAUUUCAAAAGGCCUUGAAUGCAGAAGAUCAUCCUAACGUUGCAACUAAAUGUCCAAGUACAAUGCUCCCGUUCCUUAAACCACCAAAACAACAUGCUGAAAUGGCUGCAUUUGAGGGAUUUUCUUAGUAAAUGUAUGGCUUUAUAUAUUCCUGAGAAGUAAAACUUCUAAGAUGACAAGAAUACCUCCCACCCUAAUGACCAUGUUAACCAUGUGAUUAUAGCAUCUCUCAAAGAUUCUGAUUGAAAAUGGAAACAAUCUCGGUAAACAUUUGUGCAGUUAAUCUUUCACAGUACUACUUGUGAUACAACCACUAGGUGGUUCCGAAGUAAGGUAUAUUCAAAUCCUACACAGGGGCUUUACCAUAUAUUUCUAAACUAAAGUUUUGGAAUGAAACCCUUCAAUUGUAAAUUUAAAAAAGGAGUAAAAAAAUGAGCGAUAUAAGACAAUUGAAAUUCAACUUCAGAGCCUAGCUGCUGCUGUUCCGACCAACCCUCACCAGCAAAGACUUCAGACUUCAGCAGUCAUUGGCCAUGUGUUUUUCAUUGCAAAGUGCUGUACAUGCUGCUGACUUCCCCCAACAUUGAUGUCUUUGACAAUACCCACGUGUGCAGUACAGCACAGGACAGUACUUCAGAGGAAAGCACUCUUCAGUUUACUGCUCAGCCCUUUACAAGCUCUUCCAAAGCCUCCUGUGGAUCUACAGGGAACUUCAACGAUCCGUGGGAUCAACACAACUCACUCUGUGGAUGAUGACUUGGGCAUUAUGCCAAAGCUUCCGUGGACUUAAUAAAUGCGUGCAUGGGGUCAGUGAUAUAAAAAUAUGCAAACUCUUAAAUGUUGAACACAAGCCUCUCAUGCUUCCCUGUGUGUCUAGUAUGUUGGGAGAGGAUGUCCCGAGCUUUGAGGACACUAAGGCUGUGACAUCACAGGAGCAAAGUGUUUCAGGCAGCUAUGCGACAUCAUGCCAAAAUUCUUCUUUUUUUUUCUAUUUGGGUAAUUGUACGAUAUCAGCAGUGUGGAACCAAGAAAUAACCUGUGCACUUAGUGCAACUGUGAGGCUCCACUUCAUACAUUAUAUCAGUGUUACUAAGAGUAUCGUCAUGGGAGCCAUUGAAAGUGAGUGAAUAACCUCCUUAAAUCCAAAACCACUGAGUCUUACCUGAGUGAUCUUUUUGCAUUUUUCCUUUACACGUUUUUGUAAUUUUGCUCUCAUUAGUUAAGUCUAAACAAUUAAAUGGAGCUGAACCAAACUGUACUGCCAACCACUGUCAUCCAACCAGACUCCAUGUUUGUGUUAAUCAUAUCUAGACUCAGUCUGUCCUUCUCUCUCUGUGCCCUUGUGCAUGUACUUUAUGUACGUGGGUGACUGUGCGUGGACCAAUUUUGUAACAGUUGUACAAAGCCUUGUUAAGUUAACCUGUGUAUAUAAUUAUUAUACAUAAUAUAUUAAAUUAUUUGUUUUGGAAGA